GGGGAGGAGUGCCAGGAGCUCGGAGUGGGCGCCUGCGCCGUCGCGUGCUCUGCGCUCGGAUCCGCGGUGUGUGAGGGCCUAGAUCCCCGGACGCCGCCUCGGUGGGCGCCGCCGCCGCUACCUUCUUAGCGGCAAUGUUCCGCAAGGCCCGGCGGGUGAACGUGCGCAAGCGGAACGACUCGGAGGAGGAGGAGCGGGAGCGCGAAGAGGACCAGGAGGCGCCGCCGCUGCUGCCGCCGGGCGGGGGGGAGGAGUCGGGCGCUGGGGACAGGGCCCCCGGCGGUGAGCUCCAGUCGCCCCCCCUGGCCCCCGGCCCGCCGCUCCUCUCCUCCUCUUCUGCUGCGCUGUUACUAAGCCCUGGGGCCGAUGCUGGGCCUGGCUUCCCGGCCAGCGCCGAGCAGGGCAACGGCCUGAAGCCGCGCAAGAGGCCGCGGGAGAACAAAGAGGCGCCCCGGGCCAGCCUGUUGAGUUUCCAGGACGAAGAAGAAGAAACUGAAGAAGUUUUCAAAGUGAAGAAAUCAAGUUAUAGCAAAAAAAUAGUAAAACUACUUAAGAAAGAAUAUAAAGAAGAUCUUGAAAAAUCAAAGGUUAAGACAGAACUCAAUUCAUCAGCUGACGAAUUUUUUUUUUCAGCUGAACAGCCUUUGGACAAAGCAGGACAGACUAAAGAUCUAAAUCUAGAAGAUGGAGCUAUUAUCUGUGAACAUGGAGAAGAAGAAAUGGAAGUGGAAAGUGAGAAGGAAGAAGAGAAACCAAAAGUUGGUGGAACUUUUUCAAGUGCUUUGUCGUCUUUGAAUGUUUUGCGUCCAGGGGAAAUCCCAGAUGCUGCUUUUAUCCAUGCUGCUAGGAAAAAACGUCAAAUGGCCCGUGAACUCGGUGAUUUUACACCACAUGAUCAUGAGCCUGGUAAAGGCCGCCUUGUUAGAGAAGAUGAAAAUGAUGCCAGUGAUGAUGAUGAUGAUGAUGAGAAACGUCGAAUAGUUUUCUCUGUUAAAGAAAAGUCACAGAGGCAAAAAAUUGCAGAGGAAAUAGGUAUUGAGGGAAGUGAUGAUGAAGCCUUAGUAACUGGGGAACAGGAUGAAGAACUAAGUCGAUGGGAACAGGAGCAGAUAAGAAAAGGAAUUAACAUACCUCAGGUUCAAGCAAGUCAGCCUGCUGAAGUGAACAUGUACUACCAGAAUACUUACCAGACAAUGCCUUAUGGUUCAUCGUAUGGCAUUCCUUACACUUACACAGCCUAUGGAUCAUCAGAAGCCAAAUCUCAAAAAACAGAUAAUACAGUCCCUUUCAAAACUCCCACUAAUGAGAUGACUCCUGUUACUAUUGAUUUGGUAAAGAAACAGCUUAAAGACAGGUUAGACUCCAUGAAAGAGUUGCACAAAGCAAAUCGACAGCAACAUGAGAAACAUCUGCAAAGCCGAGCGGAUUCUACCAGGGCUAUUGAAAGAUUGGAAGGGUCUUCUGGGGGUAUUGGUGAACGGUAUAAAUUUUUGCAAGAAAUGCGAGGGUAUGUCCAAGACUUGCUUGAGUGUUUCAGUGAAAAGUGUGUUGUAUUUUUGCAGGUGCCACUGAUUAACGAACUUGAAUCAGCAAUGCAUCAGCUGUACAAACAGCGAGCUUCCCGCCUUGUCCAAAGACGACAAGAUGAUAUUAAAGAUGAAUCUUCGGAGUUUUCAAGCCAUUCAAAUAAAGCUCUGAUGGCACCAAAUCUUGAUUCUUUUGGACGAGACCGAGCCUUGUAUCAGGAGCAUGCAAAGCGUCGGAUUGCAGAACGGGAGGCCAGGAGGACCCGCCGCAGACAAGCCAGGGAGCAAACCGGCAAAAUGGCAGAUCACCUCGAAGGUCUUUCCAGUGAUGAUGAAGAAACAUCAACAGAUAUUACUAAUUUCAGUCUGGAAAGAGAUCGUAUCUCAAAAGAAUCCACUAAGAUUUUUGAAGAUGUCCUUGAGAGCUUCUAUUCAAUUGAUUGUAUUAAAUCACAGUUUGAAGCAUGGCGUUCUAAAUAUUUCACUUCUUAUAAGGAUGCUUAUAUUGGUCUUUGUUUGCCAAAGUUAUUCAAUCCUCUUAUAAGGUUGCAGCUUCUCACUUGGACUCCGCUAGAGGCAAAAUGUCGUGACUUUGAAAGUAUGCUGUGGUUUGAAUCAUUGCUAUUUUAUGGCUGUGAAGAGCAAGAACAAGAAAAGGAAGAUGUAGAUGUUGCAUUACUACCUACCAUUGUGGAAAAAGUAAUUCUCCCUAAACUAACAGGAAUAGCUGAAAAUACAUGGGACCCUUUCUCUACAACACAGACAUCUAGAAUGGUUGGGAUUACAUUGAAAUUGACAAGUGGAUAUCCUUCAGUGGUAAAUGCAGAAAAUAAAAACACACAGCUAUACUUAAAGGCACUCUUACUAAGAAUGAGAAGAACUUUAGAUGAUGAUGUAUUCAUGCCCUUAUAUCCCAAGAAUAUCUUGGAAAAUAAAAACUCUGGCCCUUAUUUGUUUUUCCAGCGACAGUUCUGGUCUUCAGUUAAGCUAUUAGGAAACUUUCUCCAGUGGUAUGGCAUUUUUUCAAACAAAACCCUUCAAGAAUUAUCCAUAGAUGGUUUGCUAAAUAGAUACAUCCUUAUGGCUUUUCAGAAUUCAGAAUAUGGGGAUGACAGCAUCAAAAAAGCACAACAUGUAAUCAACUGUUUUCCCAAACAGUGGUUCAUAAAUUUGAAAGGAGAAAGGACUAUAUGCCAGCUAGAAAACUUUUGUAGAUACCUUGUUCACCUGGCAGAUACCAUUUAUAGAAAUAGCAUUGGAUGCUCUGAUGUAGAAAAAAGAAAUGCCAGGGAAAACAUAAAACAGAUAGUAAAGCUUCUUGCAAGUGUUCGAGCUCUGGAUCAUGCUAUGACCGUUGCAAAUGACCACAAUAUGAAAGAAUUAAAGUCUAUAAUUGAAGGAAAAUAGAACUUUCAUACCGAAAACCUAAUAUGAGCUUUAAAAAUCCAUUCCUGAUGUAUAAUUUUUGUAUAUAUGUAAAGUUUCUUAAACUGUAAAGUAUUGAUUCUUGUUUUAAUAGAGCAUUAUUAUAUAUAGUACUGCAACUUUAAACACAGGAUGAGGAGCCCAGAAUGAUUAUAUCCAGGAAUGCAAAAGUGUUUUCCUUAUUGCCUAUCAUACCUCGCUUACAAAAAACAUUUUGUUACCACAUACAUAUUAGCCAUCUAUUCAGUUCAUUGUCCUUUGGUAAACUGGUGUGUCUGUGUGUGUAUGUGUGUGCGUGCGUGCGCAUGUGUGGCAUAAAAUGUGUAAUUAUGCAUCUAUUUAUACCACCUUAGAGUUACUUUCACACUGGAAAUUUUUUGUUUUUAAUUCUAAGUAAGCCUUUUGAUAGCAGAGAAUUCUUUAGUAGAAAUUGUCUUAGGAAAUUACUGCAUUAUUGCAACAAAGGGCUUUGCAUAAAUCACAUAAUUAAAUGUGAAAUCAUCCUUCAAUAAGAAACAGGUGGCACAAUGACAACGUUCCUUUGAAACUGAAAUGGUUUAACUAUGGAACUUGUCAUUGAGUUAAUAUAAGACUUUUCUCCCCUAAAGUUGCUUUGUAGUGAAAUGUGGGUUUAAAGGGAACACUAAUAAAUGUCAUAGAAUAGUUCGCUUUUGGAAUAUGUAAAUUGAACUUUUAAAAAAGCCCAUUAUUUUAAACAACUGUACAAUCUGACUGCCUCAUUCACAGUUCCAUUAUCUGACCAGCUGAAAUACACACACACACACACACACACACACACACACACACACACACACACAGUUUAUUGUUCAAAUGAAAAUCCCACAUAUGUGAGAAAUAUAUGCAAUAAAUACAGAAUAUACGUUUCUGGUAAGUGGGUAUAUAAAAUUUAUAGAAAACUACCCCACUAAGGCAAUUUAAUAUCCCAUGGUCUUCUUUAAUAUUUAUACCACAUUGUAAAUAUUCAGAAAAUUUGUUUCAAAGUUUACACUUACUCUGAUUUUCAAGAAAAAACAUUUUUUAAAAAUUAAGGAACAUUAGUUUAUAUAAUCAUACAUAAAAUUAAUCGUUAGCCAAAUAAUUUUUAAAUUUCUCUUUUACUGUAUGUUGCUGAUGGCUACUUUGGUUAGAAUUGAUGACACUCAUUUGGUAAGAAUAUAAUAUUUCCAUUUGAAACACUGGACAAAUGACAGUAUCAGAGAGUGUAGUGCUGUGCACUUGCUCAAUGAAUUCUAACGUGAACUUUUGAAAGCUUUUGUAGGAAACAUGCCUAUCUCCAUACACAAUUUAAUGGGAAUUUUUGUACCUCUUUAUUGACCUACAAACAUAAGAAUCAAAGCACUUCUUUACAGUUUGUGUAGUGUAAAUGGGUAUGUUAACAUGCAUAGUAUGGAUGACAUGCACACCAAUUGGAACCUAAACAGAAUGUUUUUAUGAUCCCGAUGGAUUCCCAUUUCCCAGUAUCUGCUUUUAAGAAUCCUUUCAAUAAAUUGUCAUUGAGACUUUUA